CGAAAGCUCCCUUCCCACCCAUAAACCCCACCACCGAAUACUGUACAUAGUUGAUCUUUUAUAAUGAAUGGAAAGUGAAGAACACAUAUUGAUAUCUGAAUUGAAUGAGAAAAUUUUCCAGAUCUUUUCAGAUUUCAUGUCAAGGGUCACAAAAUUUGAGGAGUUGGUUGCUGUGGGAAGUAGGUUACUUGUUGGCUUUCACCAAGGACUAGAGUUUCUUUGCCGGCUGCCAAUAAACAAGACAUCUGAGUUGAUCGAGCGCAUCUUUAAAGCUAAUGAAACCAGGAGGGUUUUAACAUAUGUUGAAUCUGGAUGCAUAAAUGCUCAUGACAGCAUACAAAAUAUAAGCAACUUGCAUACAUGCCAAGUUGGACUUCGCGACCAUUUAAAUAAAGCCAAGUGCUUAGUAGAUGAACUUGAAGGACUUGUCAAGGAAGUAACAGUUGCAAUGCAAGUUGCAACUGAAAGCAAACCACAUUUGCAGGGCAAAGUUACACAAUAUGAGUUUGGUCCAGAAGCAACUAUGUAUGAUAAGGAAGAAAUUGUAUCAUCUGAGCUUCAAAAACCUGACGUUACCAAUUAUGCUGCCAUGAUGGGUAUUAUAUACAGCAUGGUGAAGCUGGACUACAUUAUGCAGGAAAAGAUCAUUUCUUCUCUUAAUCUCAAGUCAUCGUCCAGAGAACUGGAGAGCUAUAGCUUGAUGUGGUCCUUGCGACCUUUUAUGAACGAUGAAAUCAUGCAUCAAGCUUGGAGAUUCAUUUCAUGAGUGUUGCCAGUUUCUUUCUGCAAAGAUUUUUUGGUUUUAAAUUUUGUUGUAAGGAAGAACAAUCUGUUUGACUGGUUUCGUUUUUUAAUUAAUAACAGUAGUGUUUGUUUAUUUUUCAUUAAAAAUUAGAUUUAUUUUC